UCUGCAAUACCUAGCGAGAUAAAGCUGCUUGCUUUUUCUCUUCUCCCCGACUUAUUGCAGAGAGAGACAAGGACAGAGAGAGAGAGCAUAGCUCUUCUGCUACCCUCUUGGUUUGCUUCUUGCAGAAGGUUCUCUUUGAUUUUUUUAUUAUCCUCAUCACAAGCUUCUCUUGCUACUAUAAAAUAUAUAUAAAAGAAAAAAAAAUAAAUACCAAAACAAUUGUAGAGAAAGAGAAAAAUUAAAAACAAAUAGUACUAAAAUCUAAGAGGUUUCGUGGAGAGAACCGUUGUGUUUGUAGAGAGAGAGAGAGUCUGAAAUUCCUCUUUAAUCUCCUCACGUAAUCACUUUCUGAUUCCUUUAAUCCUCUACUUCAAACUUCUCUCUUCAGACUACGUUAACCAAAAACGUGUCUUUUGAUUUUCUCUGUUAUUUUGCUGUCAUUUCUUGUAUGUUUUUGGUAUUGUGAGAGCAGAAUUCUGGUUUCUUCCAUGGGUUUAUUUGGAUUUGGGCUAAUUUGGGAGAUUUUGAUGAUGGGUCGCUGAUGAUUUAGGGUUCUGUUGGAGUAAUCAUUGGUUGGUUUGUUGUGAUUUUGUUUGUUUAGAGGAAUUUUGAGGUGGGCUGUUGCUGAUUUGGGUUUUUGUGGAGGAUUUGAGCGUAAAGAUUUCAGUGGUGGACUUGGUGAUAAGGAAGGGCUAAAGCUCUAAAAACUGUUAAUUUCCCAUUUGGUUCCAAGGGAUUGAAUUGAAUCGUUUCUGCGCAAUCGGACUGAUUUUGGGGAUUUUUUUAUUUAAAUUAUCUCUCAGUGUUGGUGUUUCUUGUUGGAUUUUAUUUUUAAGGUGGAUAAUUCUGCUUUAAAGAUAAGAUGAGUUCAAGCAUCACAGAAGGUGUGGUAAAUCAGCCCAAACUUGUAGUUCAUCUAGCAGAAAAUGGUCAUUCAUUUCUACUUGAUUGCGAUGAAACAACGCCUGUGGAAGCUGUCAUGCAGUGUAUUGAAUCAGUUUCUGGGAUUAACUUCAACGACCAGCUUGUUCUGUGUUUGGAGAAGAAACUUGAACCUCAGCGGUCGCUUUCUGCUUAUAAGCUUCCAUCUAGUGAUGGAGAAGUGUUUAUAUACAACAGAGCAAGGAUGCAAACCAAUCCGCUCCCCCCUGCACUCGAACAAAUUGAUGUCCUUGAAAUUGCAGAUCCUCCACCGCCAGCUUCUUCACAUAACCCCCAUCCUUUAGAUGAUGCUUCAGACCCAGCUCUGAAGGCUUUGCCAUCUUAUGAAAGACAGUUUAGGUACCAUUACCAUAGAGGUCAAGCAAUGUAUAGGAGAACCCAAGUAAAGCAUGAGCAUUGCCAGAGGUUAUUGAGGGAGCAUAAGGUUCAGGAGAGGGCAAUGGAUGUUGCUAGGAUUAAUGUGCAACAAUUCUAUAGAGCAAUUCUUCAGAAUUACUCAGAGUUCAUGAAGCGUUAUACACAACAACACAGGAUACAUUUAGAUCUUUUAACGAAUUUUGAGAGAGAUUUAGAGAAACUGAGGUCGAUCAAGCUUCAUCCAUCUUUGCAGUCUGAUUCACGCAAAUGCUUAGUGGAUUUUGUGAAGGAAGAUAACUUGAGGAAGGCCGUGGAGAAUUGUAGCAAUUCACAUAGGCAGUUUGAGAAGAAGGUAUGGGAGUUCAAGCAAAAAUUUAGUGAUGCAAAGCGCAAGGUGGAAGAAUUAUUUUCUUGCGGAGCAGCAUCUUCUAUUAGGAAUCUGGAUCUUACCAUCAAGGAGCAUCAGCGAUUCAUCAAUGAACAGAAGAGCAUAAUGCAGUCUUUGAGCAAAGAUGUAAGCACGGUAAAGAACCUUGUGGAUGAUUGUCUGUCAUGCCAAUUGUCUUCCUCAAUUCGACCUCACGAUGCAGUUUCAGCCCUGGGCCCUAUGUAUGAUGUCCAUGACAAGAAUCAUUUGCCCAGGAUGCUGGCUUGUGAACAUUCAAUUUCCAAGCUGCUUGAUUUUUGCAAUGAUAAGAAGAAUGAGAUGAAUGUCUUUGUGCAUGAUUACCUACAAAAGAUCGCUUAUGUUACUUACCUCAUGAAAGAUGUGAAGUUACAGUUUCCUGCUUUUAGAGAGGCAAUGUUGCGUCAGGAUAAUAUUUUUAGGGACUUAAAGCUAUUUCGUGGGAUCGGUCCUGCAUAUAGAGCCUGCCUUGCUGAAGUUGUGAGAAGAAAGGCUUCCAUGAAACUUUACAUGGGUAUGGCUGGACAACUGGCUGAGCGGCUUGCUACAAGGAGGGAGGUUGAGGUUAGGAGACGGGAGGAGUUUCUGAAGACAAACAAUUUAUAUAUACCAAGAGAUAUAUUAACAUCAAUGGGGCUAUAUGAUACUCCUAAUCAGUGUGAUGUCAAUAUAGCUCCAUUUGACACUAAUUUGCUUGAUAUUGACAUCUCAGACCUGGACCGUUAUGCUCCUGAUUAUUUGGCUGGACUUCCUUCAAAAAGUGAUAAGACUGCAAGCUUGAAAGGUUCAUUUUCUACAUCUAAUGACUGCUCUCACUCAGCUGAGAUGGAAGAAAUUGGUGAGGAAGCAGUUGAGAAAGAUGGCUCUGAGGAGCUCCUUGAGGACUGUGAGCUGUUAGAGAUUGCUGGAACUAGCAAGAUGGAAGUUGAGAAUGCAAAACUGAAAGCUGAACUAGCUUCUGCAAUAGCCCUGAUAUGUUCCCUUUGCCCAGAAAUUGAAUACGAGUCAAUGGAUGAUAGCACAGUGGAUAGUCUAUUGAAGAAUGCAGAUAAGACAAAUGAAGCCUUGCGGCUGAAAGAUGAUUAUGGAAAGCAUAUUCAAUCUUUGCUUAAGGCAAAGCAUGUGCAAUGUAUGUCGUAUGAGAAGCGCAUUCAAGAACUAGAGCAGAGAUUGUCUGACCAGUAUUUACAGGGGCAGAAACUUUCAAAUAGUAAAGAUGCAUCAGACUUUGCUCUUUUAGCUGCGAAGACUGAAGACUGUAAACCAGAAAUUUCCAGCGGUGGUGAAGCACACAUGCCUUAUGCAUUGACCUCAGAGCCCAUGGAUGAGGUUUCUUGCAUUUCUAGUUUUAAUGCAAAACUGGGGCUUUUCACCAGGCAAACAAGCAAAGGUAGAGAAGGUUUUGAUGAAAAUAUGAUGGACUCCUCUGGGAUGUUGAAUACUCAGUUGGAUUCAUCAAUGGCGGAGCCUCAUCGUGAAGAGCUGCAAGUUUGUGAUAAAGAUGGGAAGGACAAGAUGGCACGACAACUGGGCAUGUCACUGACUAACAGUUCCACAGCUGAGAGCAUGCCCGAGCCUCUCGAUGUUGCACCAUCUGAUGCAGACACUGAGCCUAAAGUCAGUAGUGACCAUGGCAUUGUGUUAGACCUUCAAACUGCACUUGCUGAAAAUUCAAACCAAUUGAGUGAAACUGAUGCAAAGCUCAAAGCUGCUGUGGAGGAGGUUGCAGUGCUCACAAGGGAGUUAGAAAUGAGCCGGAAGCUCCUUGAUGAAUCUCAGAUGAAUUGUGCUCACUUGGAGAAUUGCUUGCAUGAAGCAAGAGAGGAAGCUCAAACUCAUCUUUGCGCGGCUGAUCGAAGGGCUUCGGAAUACAAUAAACUGCGUGCAUCUGCUGUGAAACUCCGAGGCCUUUUUGAAAGGCUUAGGUGCUGUGUAUAUGCUCCAGGUGGAGUUGCUGGUUUUGCUGAUUCUUUGCGUGCUUUAGCUCAAUCUUUGGCCAAUUCCAGCAAUGACAAUGAGGAUGAGGGUGCUGCUGAGUUCCAGAAAUGCGUACGCGUCCUUGCUGAUAAAGUUGGUUUCUUGUCCACACACCUUGAUAAGUACCCCAAGCUCGAAGCUGCAAAUGAACAACUUGGAAAAGAAUUGGAAACGAAGAAGGAGCUGGUUGCAACUUUGUACAAAAAGCAUCAACUUGAGAAGCAGGCAAACAAAGAAAGGAUAUCUUUUAGCCGGUUGGAAGUUCAUGAGAUCGCUGCAUUUGUUCUCAACUCAGCUGGACAUUAUGAGGCUAUCAACCGAAACUCCUCUAACUACUACCUGUCUGCUGAAUCUGUGGCCCUGUUCACAGACCAUCUCCCAAGCCGACCCAGCUACAUUGUUGGGCAGAUUGUGCAUAUUGAACGCCAAGCUGUAAAGCCAUUGCAUCCUGCCUCAACUAGGCCUGAGCAUGGUAGGGCAGAUCAACUGGAUCUUCUGACCACUGACCAAGGGACUGACCUGUUGAACUUCAAUUUGGGAUCGACUUCCAACCCAUACAAUCUUCCUAUGGGGUGUGAAUACUUUGUAGUGACAGUAGCCAUGUUACCUGAUACAACCAUUCAUUCAGCGCCUCCUUCCUGAUCCCCUGCUUCAGGCAGACAAGACGUGAUGGAAGAAACUAAGUGUACAUAUAUAAUAAUAUAUAUAUAUAAAAAAAGAUGAGCCUUCAUCUGGGAAUUGAACUUCUUUUUUUCUUUCUGUACAGCUGAUUAUCCAAAUUAAGUUGAUUUCCCCUUUGUACAUAAAUCUUAUGUUUUUAAGCAUGUACAGAAACAGUGAAUAUUCAUCCAUCUCUGGAACUUUAAUUGAAAUUCCCCAUUUAUUCUUCUUCCAAAA